UUUGGUGGCGUGGACAAUACACGUAGAUGUAGCACAUCAACGUUUCUUCAUUUUACAAUUUCAUUGUGCGUGUGGUUUGCGCGAGCAUUUUAGGCAACAACUAGUGGAAGGAUGUCUAAUUUCACGUGGAAUCAACACACACCUAAAACUAUCCCACUUCCUUUAAUUUAUUUCCUUUCAAUCAAAAUUGAAAUAUUAUAAUUAUUUCUGUACCCAGUUUCUUACAAUUGAGAAAAUCAUCUUUCAAUUGAUUCAUUCAAUUUCUAGGGGAGCAAGAACUGUGUUUUGAUUGGGUAGAAAUUUUUUGCUGGAACCCUAAAAAGUCAAGGUUUGUAGUUGGUGAAUCAGUGAAGAAUGGGUUCGGAUAUCGGCGAUGAUCCUGUUCUUAAUGAGGAGAGUGAUGCACCAGAGGAUGCAGUGGAUGAUGGUUCUCAAUCCAGAAAAAGGAAGCGUGGCAAGGUACCCAAAAAGAUUGUGAAGGCAGAGAGAGAGAGACUGAAGCGUGAACAACUAAACGAGCUUUUCAACAAACUUGCUAGCGUUCUUGAAUUAAAUCAAGAGAACAAUGGUAAAGCCUCUGUACUGAAUGAGACUAUUCGGCUUUUGAAAGAUACAGUCUCUCACAUUCAGAACCUCAGAAAGGAGAAUGAAACCCUGCUGUCAGAAUCUCAUUAUAUGGCAGCAGAGAAGAAUGAGCUGAAAGAGGAGAAUACUGCUCUUGAAGUACAAAUCAAGAAAUUGCAAAAUGAAUUGGAAGAGAGAUUAGGCCAAUCAAAGCCAGACCUAAAUGUAAGCCCUCCAGAAUCAUGGCAAAGGGAAAUGCUUACACACUUUGCAGAAGGCCACUAUUCGCAAACACCUACCACCGAUCUAUCUUCUCAACAACAGCCAAUUCUUGGGCCGCUCUAUGUCAUUCCUAUGAAUCCUGACUUGCAAGCUUUUCAAAAGGUCGACGCUACCCCUAAUAAUCAACCUAUAGCUGUGAGCAAACCUCAUGCUAGAUACCCGACCCCAGCUGAUGCCUGGCCAUUGCAGUUGCUGUCGAAGCAGGCAUAGAUUAUGAUAAGGCAGACGACAUUGUAGAUAGCUUGUAGCGUGUUAGCAUUAAUUACGGGACUCAAAUUAGAUGCCCUGGAUGACUAGAGUAUGUAUAUAAGCUACUCAUGAUAUCCAAGUAUUAGCUUCUUUAACUAUAUUCAGUCUCAUCUUUGUAUAUGGAUUGAAGUUUAAUAACUUCUAUAGCAAUAUAUUUUUUGAUGUACAA